UCUCCGAUCAAAACGCUCUCUAGUUUGUCAAAACUGAUGCUUUUUCCUUAACUUUGUCGCAGAUUUCUUUGGCUUUAGUCUACUUCUUCAAGUACUCAUAAUUCCAUCAGUUCCUAGAGCCCCAUCAUGGAAAAGUUCGAGAUGAUUAAGAAACUCGGGAGUGGUGCUUUCGGGACGGUAUUUGCUGCGCGGCACAAACAGACGGGCGAAGUUGUUGCAAUCAAGAAAUUGAACGGGAGGUGCAGUUCGUUGCAGCAGUGUCUUAGCCUACCAGAAGUUCAGUCCCUUUCCAAACUCAACCAUCCCAACAUUGUCCAGUUGAAGGGUGUGGUCGCCGAAUACGAGUCUGCUUUCUUUGUGUUUGAGUACAUGCACAGCAGUCUGCUUGAUCUUAUUGAGAAAAAAAGGCAAACCGGAUUCACGGAGGACGAAAUUAGAAACAUCUGCUAUCAGAUGUUUCAGGGCUUGGCCUACAUGCACAAAACUGGCUAUUUCCACCGCGAUAUGAAACCGGAGAAUGUCUUGGUUAAGGAGGGUGCCGUCAAGAUUGGGGAUUUGGGUUCUACUAAGGAGAUUAAUUCGCCUCCUCCCUAUACAGACUACAUCGGCACUAUUUGGUAUCGAGCUCCCGAGGUGUUGCUUCGGUCAGACCGCUAUUGUCCUAAGGUCGAUAUGUGGGCAAUGGGUGCUAUCAUGGCAGAGCUGUUCUCACUCCAGCCUUUAUUUCCUGGUCGAAGUGAUGCUGACCAGAUAUUCAAGAUUUGCAGCGUGAUUGGUAGGCCAACUUUGGAGUCUUGGCACAACGGGUUUCUUCUUGCACACAAGAUGAACUAUCAGUUUCCACAAAUUGACGGGGUUGGUCUAUCUGCGAUGAUUCCUUCCGCAAGUGAAUCAGCUAUCAAGCUGAUUUCUUCCCUUUGUUCUUGGGACCCAUCCACGAGGCCUACUGCUGCUGAUGCACUCAAGCAUCCUUUCUUCAUUGGCAACCACAGGAUUCCACGCGCCAUCCCUUUGAGACAAAGCAAUAUGCAGCCUGCGUCGAAUUCUUCUCUUAUUUUCGUGUAGAUUCGACACGAGUAAUAUGGGUAGUUAACUGCUUUUGAUUAAUUAGCUUUCAAAAAGCUACAGAUUUUAUUUUAGCGGGUGUAGUUUAUUUUAAUGCUCAAAGUAGAGCGGCAGCAAGCCAACGACUAAUGUCUGUUGUAUGAAACAAGUUUUGUAAGCCCCUCAUUAAUCUGCAAUAUAUAGCUACAGAUUCCAUUUUAUUGAGUCACAUUGUUUUGUUUGGUUCAAAUUUCAUUAUUAUCCGAAACAUAUGACAGACAUCGAAACUAGUAAGUUGUUCCAUUGAAAAUCCUGGCAAAACUGUAGAUUGAUCCAUUCCUUCAAAACCCGAUCAUGGAACAGACACUUGAAAUCAUAGUAGAGUUCGACAGUCUCUGAGAGCCUCAGAUCUUGGGACGUUCUCCAUCGCAUGCCUAAAUUGAAUACAAGUACCGCAGAGAGUUUGAAUAUAAAUCUCCAUGUUUACAAAACAAAAAUAGGAGAAACGUCGAAGGCAUGCCAUGACAACCCAAAUUCAUAAGAAAAGUCUUCUUAUUCCUUUUCUUUCCUGUAAUGAGCAUACCGUGACAAAAAAAAAAAAAAAAAAAAAAAAAAAAAAAAAAUGUAAAUCACUAUUUUAAGAAGAACAAAAAAAAAAAAAAACAAAUCCUUUAACUCCACACAUCCGUCCAACUUCUACAUGUGAAGAAAGCAACAACACAGAGAACUUGAUAUCACCACACGUAUAGGAGUUUUCGCCCAACUCUCUUGACCGAACGAUAUCCUAAUAAGCAGUAACAACUGGACAUAGCCCUUUGAUGAAAAUCACAAAACAAAAAAAAAAGAAGUAAAUUAUGCUUAAAGAUAAAAGCUUUUAAAUUGUAUUUAUUCUUGAAUGCCUUUGUUUUCUCAGCAACCAAACAGAUAAAACCCAAUUAGACUCACUAAAUCAAAAAGGCAAAAACGUUGAAGGUCUCAGAAA